GCUGUCGCGAAUGUGCCACCUGUUAACCUGGCGCAGCCGUGCCCGGCGUGUUGCCGCCCCUGCUGGGCAGGGAGAGCGCUGGGUCGCCUCCUCGGCAGUCCUGAGGGACUUGAUGUGUAAGUGCUACAUUUUGAGGAAUCCCCGAGACCUGAGACCCAAGUUAGAAAGCCAAGUUCCGGACCUGCCAAAGUGGGGGGACGGAAAGGUGCCCGAACGCUGUGGAGGAAUUGUGAUUUGCGGAAACCUGCCUUCCUGGGACUUGCGCCUGGCCUGGGCGGGGGCACGGGGACCGGCGACUGAGGGGCUCCUACGGGUCUUGCAAAAUCUGCGUUUUGUUGUUUGGGCAGUUUCCCAGGGGGCUGGAGAAUGUGUCUGACGGGGGUAAGAGAAUGGGAGCGUUAUUUGCAGGGGACUCAGUCUCGCUGCUGAUUUCUCCAAAUCUUAACCAACCAACCAACCAACCAACCAACCAACCAAAACACUGAGCCCGGCGAGGAAAGCUGAGGCGCGCUGAGGCCCUUCCCGGCCAUUUUUCAGAAUUGGGGCGAGCGCGCGAGUGAUUGUGGAGCCGCAGAUCUCUUACGCUCUGAUGCUGUUGUCUUCACAGUGUCCUGAAAGAGUGGUCCGUCCUUCCUGUUCUUCCCAAAGCGGCUCGGAGCCACCCCAAGGGCCGCGGGACUGAAAGCAAACGUCGGGGAUUAUUAUGUCGAUUUCCCGAGAACCGGGGUUCGCAGCGCGGAACCGAAGAAAAGGCUAGCUCCUCGGAGGUCCCGCCGGCAUUUGAUACCCAGCGACGCCUAGGAUUGCCCAGAUCGCCUGCGGUGGAUCAGCAACUUUCCUCUACUCGCAUCCCAUAUUUUUAAAGAAAAAAAUUUCUGUCCGCCGCGUUGGUCUUUUACUGCCAUCAAAACACUGAAGCAAAGACUUCAGUCUCGUCAUUCAAAGUAUGCUUUAUAUUUUUGCCAAAUAUGAUCUCUAAUUGAAAGUUUAUUUUUGGUUUUGGAUGAAUCUGUGGAACUUAUGUUGUAAGAAGAAAGGGGGAACGAGACACGAUGAAAGAGAAGUCCAAAAAUGCUGCCCGGACUAGGAGGGAGAAGGAAAACAGUGAAUUUUAUGAACUGGCUAAAUUACUGCCUUUGCCCUCGGCUAUCACCUCGCAGCUGGACAAAGCAUCCAUAAUCAGGCUCACCACCAGCUAUCUCAAAAUGAGAGUAGUGUUCCCAGAAGGGCUCGGCGAAGCGUGGGGCCACUCAAGCAGGACCAGCCCCCUGGACAACGUAGGCCGCGAACUGGGCUCCCACCUGCUCCAGACCUUGGAUGGCUUCAUCUUUGUGGUGGCCCCAGAUGGGAAGAUCAUGUACAUCUCGGAGACAGCCUCAGUCCACCUGGGUCUUUCUCAGGUAGAGCUGACCGGGAACAGCAUUUACGAAUACAUCCACCCUGCGGACCACGACGAGAUGACGGCGGUGCUCACGGCCCACCAGCCCUACCACUCUCACUUCGUCCAGGAGUACGAGAUCGAGCGCUCCUUCUUCCUGAGGAUGAAGUGCGUCUUGGCCAAGAGGAACGCGGGCCUCACCUGCGGCGGCUACAAGGUCAUUCACUGCAGCGGCUACCUGAAGAUCCGCCAGUACAGCCUGGACAUGUCCCCCUUCGACGGCUGCUACCAGAACGUGGGCCUGGUGGCCGUGGGCCACUCGCUGCCUCCCAGCGCCGUCACGGAGAUCAAGCUGCACAGCAACAUGUUCAUGUUCCGCGCCAGCCUGGACAUGAAGCUCAUCUUCCUGGACUCCAGAGUGGCGGAGCUGACGGGGUACGAGCCUCAGGACCUGAUUGAGAAGACCCUGUACCACCACGUGCAUGGCUGCGACACUUUCCACCUGCGCUGCGCCCACCACCUGCUGCUGGUAAAGGGGCAGGUGACCACCAAAUACUACCGGUUCCUGGCGAAGCACGGCGGCUGGGUGUGGGUGCAGAGCUAUGCGACCAUCGUGCACAACAGCCGCUCGUCCAGGCCGCACUGUAUCGUCAGCGUCAACUAUGUCCUCACAGACACGGAAUACAAAGGGCUGCAGCUCUCCCUGGAUCAGAUCUCAGCCUCCAAACCAGCCUUCUCCUAUGCAGGCAGCUCCACUCCUGCCAUGACUGACAGCAGAAAGGGGGCCAAGUCCAGGCUCUCCAGCUCAAAGUCCAAGUCCAGGACUUCCCCAUAUCCUCAGUACUCGGGAUUUCCCGCGGAAAGAUCUGAAUCUGAUCACGACAGCCAGUGGGGCGGCAGUCCUCUGACAGACGCGGCCUCCCCGCAGCUGCUGGACCCCGCGGACCGGCCGGGCUCUCAGCACGACGCGUCGUGCGCCUACAGGCAGUUCUCGGAACGCGGCUCUCUCUGCUACGGCUUCGCGCUCGACCCCUCCAGGCUGGUGGAGGAGAGGCAUUUCCACACCCAGGCCUGCGAGGGCGGCCGGUGUGAGGCAGGCAGGUACUUCCUGGGAGCGCCGCAGGCGGGGAGGGAGCCCUGGUGGGGCUCUCGCGCAGCCUUGCCCCUGACCAAGGCCUCCCCGGAAAGCAGAGACGCCUAUGAGAGCAGCAUGCCUCACAUCGCCUCGGUCCACAGGAUCCACGGGCGAGGUCAUUGGGAUGAAGAUAGUGUGGUCAGUUCUCCAGACCCUGGGUCUGCCAGCGAAUCAGGUGACCGGUAUCGCACUGAGCAGUAUCAAAGUAGCCCACAUGAACCUAGCAAAAUCGAAACUCUGAUCAGAGCCACCCAGCAAAUGAUUAAAGAAGAAGAGAACAGGUUGCAGCUGAGGAAAGCCCCCCCAGACCAACUGGCUUCCAUUAAUGGAGCUGGGAAAAAACACUCCCUCUGUUUUGCAAACUACCAGCAGCCCCCAACGACAGGCGAAGUCUGUCACAGCUCCGCUCUUGCCAGCACUUCACCAUGUGACCACAUCCAGCAGAGAGAGAGAAAGAUGCUGAGCCCCCGCGAAAAUGACUACGACAACAGCCCCACAGCACUGUCGCGGAUAAGUAGUCCCAAUUCGGAUCGCAUUUCCAAAUCCAGUUUGAUCCUAGCUAAAGACUAUCUACAUUCGGAUAUGUCUCCUCAUCAGACGGCAGGAGACCAUCCUGCCGUCUCUCCAAACUGCUUUGGCUCUCACCGGCAGUAUUUUGAUAAGCAUGCUUACACAUUAACUGGAUACGCCCUGGAGCACUUAUAUGAUAGCGAAACUAUUAGAAACUAUUCCUUGGGCUGUAAUGGCUCACACUUUGAUGUAACUUCCCAUCUAAGGAUGCAGCCGGAUCCAGCACAAGGACACAAGGGAACAUCUGUUAUAAUAACCAAUGGAAGCUGAUGUUUUUUCUAAAAUAUUUUGUUCUUGAAGGAUCUCUGAAACAUAUUUAUCAUUUAAUGGCCCAUUACCAGCAUUUACAAUGCCACAGAUUGUUAGAGUGGAUAAUUUAAGUUACUGGGUAUUUGACAUGUGUUCUUGUGAAAUCAAAGAUAACAGCACUGGCAUUCAGGGUUAUACACAGAUAAUGGAGCUAAAGUGAAUACACAAAUUGCCCCUCUAUUUAUAUGGGAACCAGAAUAGAUAAAUUUUGAAUUGAAAAAUACUUGUGUAGAUUAAGUGAGCAUAUAUAUCACAUGGAAGGACCGAUGGAUGACAACAAUCAUUAUGAUGAUCCAGUGAACUUCAUACACACAGACCACUAUCCACAAACUGCUAUAUAUACUUUACAUAUGGAAAUGUAGACUAUAUACCAUAAAUAUACCCCAAGUGGGUAAGCUUCCUUAACCCUAGCACAUUAAGCAUCUUAAAGAAAUUUCCAUUCCCAAAAUAACUUAGAAAGAGAUAUAUCUUGUAAACUGGUUUCUUCUUUGUGGUUUCAACCAUCCAGCUCAUUUGGUUCAGGCAUAAAUUAGGGAAAUGGUUCUGGAUAUGAUACAAGAAUGAGUUUUCACCUGACAUCCAUUAUAAGCAAUCAGGAAGUGGUGAUUUUUCACCUUACUUUUGAGUUAGACAAAGAACAGGAUCACACUGACAUAGCAGUAAGGGUUUUUCUAAGUAAAAACACUGAGAUAGUGGGACACACAUCAAAAGCCUGGUGUGCCCAACUGGAAAUAGAUCAGUAGAGAUGGAAAGGCCAGAGGCAGAGAAAAAUGAAAUGAUAUCUCAAACAAUUUCAGGGUCAGCAUAUGUAAUCAACAUAUUUGGGGCUUGUAAAACUAACCAAAUAAAAAUUCAAACUAAUUCACCAAGAAAAAAUGGCUGA